UGAGCUGUGUUUAAACACCUGAGAUAGUCCAAAUGUAGCAUUGAAUCCCCUUUAUGAGGCAUUGCAGCCCAUUUAUGAAGAUGCUGCUGCCUCUCAACGAGGACCUGAGCUACUGAUGUUGUGAGAUCAGGCUGCAUUUGUACAUCUUGUAACAUGAUCACAAGAGAGUCUGGAGUCCUCUGGGCUUCAGAGGCACAGCAGUUUUCUGCCUGAUGAGUGGAAGACCAUGCAACACUAUGGCUGGCAAUACAAACUCUUGCUGCUCUAUUUUGACGUUCCCACAGAGACUAGUCUGAAGAACACCAGCUCUGCGAUGUCCACUGAGAUGUGUGCUUUGUUCUAAACAGCUCAGACUGAAGCAGGACAGUCAUGAGUGCUGACAUAGCUAACAGGCUGGAUUUGGACCCUGAUUAUAAUGCUGAACUGGCUGACAUGGUAGCAGCCAUGAACGUGGCUGCCAACAGACUGACCCCUUCUAAUGGCUACAGGACCACCCCACAUCGCCUCAGUCUCUCCGAUCGCAAGCUGUCACUGCAGGAGCGAUCCAGUUACCAGAAUGGCAUCACCCCACGAAUAGCCAGAAGACCCACGAUUGAAUCGAAGCGGGUGUCUAUCUCUGAUGGGGAUGACUGUGUCCAGCUAAACCAGUACAAGUUAAAGAGUCAGAUAGGAAAGGGUUCUUAUGGGGUGGUCAAAUUAGCAUAUAAUGAAGAUGAUGACCAGUAUUAUGCUAUGAAGUUGGUAUCCAAAAAGAAGUUAAUGAAGCAGUAUGGAUUCCCACGGCGACGUCCUUCCAGAGAAUCAAAUGGAUCCCAAGAGAAUCUUUUAAAGCAUUCUGGCCUGUUGGACCGGGUAUAUCAAGAAAUUGCUAUAUUGAAGAAACUUGACCAUCUUAAUGUUGUUCAUUUAGUUGAGGUUCUUGAUGACCCGGCUGAGGAUAACUUGCACAUGGUCUUUGAGUUGGUACCUAAAGGUCCAGUGAUGGAGAUCCCAACAGACAGUCCUCUAACAGAAGAAAUGGCCCGCUUCUACUUCAGAGAUGUCAUCCUAGGAAUUGAAUACUUGCACUAUCAGAAAAUCAUACAUAGAGACAUCAAACCCUCCAAUCUGUUGCUGGGGGAUGAUGGACACAUCAAGAUCGCAGAUUUCGGUGUCAGUAAUGUGUUUGAGGGGAACGAUGCUCUCCUAUCAGACAGUGCAGGAACACCAGCUUUCAUGGCACCUGAAACUCUGACUGACCAGGACCUCAGAUUUAGUGGAAAGGCUCUAGACAUAUGGGCAAUGGGAGUGACGCUGUUUUGUUUCAUCUUUGGAAGGUGUCCUUUUCAUGAUGAAUACAUCUUAGGCCUGCAUGAAAAGAUCAGGACUGCGCCAGUCGAGUUCCCAGACAUGCCCGUGAUCAGUGAUGGGCUGAAGGAUCUCAUCAUCAGAAUGCUGGACAGAGUCCCUGAAACUAGAAUCACGUUACCAGAAAUCAAGCUGUACCCGUGGGUCACGCUUGAUGGCACGGAUCUUCUGCCCCUGGAGGAGGAGCACUGCACUGUGGUGGAGGUCACUGAGGAGGAGGUGCAGAACUCUGUCAAACUAGUUCCCAGCCUGUCUGCUGUGAUCCUGGUGAAGUCCAUGCUGCGGAAGCGCUCCUUCAGUAACCCGUUCGAGUGUCCCAGCCGCAGGCAGGGCAGGUCCAUGUCUGCCCCUGGUCUGACUGUGGAUAUGUCACUGUUUCGCCCUCUAAGGUAUCACACAAUAGACCUCACUGCCAUGAUAAUCAGCUACAUUUAGUAUUUCAGACUCAAUGCUCAUGUUUCAGUGUGUGUGUGUGUGUGUGU